GUCCCUCCCUCUUCUCUGCCUCCCGGUAGCCGGCGGCGGCGUCUUAGGGUACAAUGGACGCUUCCCAGUCGGCGACUGCGCCUCACGGGGCAGAAGCGUCCUGCUCUUCCUGGGGGGCCGGCAGUACAAAUACAAAUUUACCCAUCAUGUCAACAGAGUUUGUGGAGAUAGAUGAUGCUUUAUACAGUCGACAGAGAUACGUUCUUGGAGACACAGCAAUGCAGAAGAUGGCCAAGUCCCAUGUUUUCUUAAGUGGUAUGGGUGGUCUUGGUUUGGAAAUCGCAAAGAAUCUUGUUCUUGCAGGGAUUAAGGCACUUACAAUUCAUGAUACAGAAAAAUGUCAAGCAUGGGAUCUAGGAACCAACUUUUUUGUCUGUGAAGAUGAUGUUGUUAAUAUGAGAAACAGGGCUGAAGCUGUACUUCAACAUAUUGCAGAACUAAAUCCAUACGUUCAUGUCACAUCAUCUUCUGUUCCUUUAAAUGAUAACACAGAUCUCUCCCUCUUAAAGAAAUACCAGUGUGUAGUAUUGACUGAUGUUAAACUCCCAUUGCAAAAGAAGAUCAAUGAUUUUUGCCGUUCUCAGUGUCCUCCAAUUAAGUUCAUCAGUGCAAAUAUACAUGGAAUUUGGUCACGGUUAUUUUGUGAUUUUGGUGAUGAAUUUGAAGUUGUAGAUACAACAGGAGAAGAACCAAAAGAAAUUUUCAUUUCAAACAUUACGCAAGCUAAUCCUGGCAUUGUCACUUGCCUUGAAAAUCAUCCUCACAAACUUCAGACAGGACAAUCUUUAACAUUUCGAGAAAUUAAUGGAAUGACAGGCUUAAAUGGAUCUGUGCAACAAAUAACUGUGGUAUCACCAUUUUCUUUUAGCAUUGGUGAUACUAGAGAACUGGAACCUUACUUACAUGGAGGCAUAGCUGUUCAAGUUAAGACUCCUAAAACAUUUUGCUUUGAGCCAUUGGAGAGGCAAAUAACACAUCCAAAGUACCUUAUUGCGGAUUUUAGCAAACCCGAGGUACCUUUACAGAUUCACACAGCUAUGCUUGCCUUGGACCAGUUUCAAGAGAACUAUGGCCGUAAGCCAAAUACUGGAUGCCAGCAAGAUUCAGAAGAGUUAAUGAAAUUAACAAUAUCUAUAAGUGAAACCUUGGAAGAGAAGCCUGAAGUAAAUGCUGACAUUGUGCAUUGGCUCUCUUGGACUGCUCAAGGCUUUUUACCCCCACUUGCUGCUGCAGUAGGAGGUGUUGCAAGCCAAGAAGUAUUGAAAGCUGUGACAGGAAAGUUUUCUCCUUUGUGCCAGUGGUUAUUCAUUGAAGCAGCAGAUGUUAUUGAAUUCCUAGGGAAACCUGAACGUGAAGAUUUUCUCCCACGAGGAGAUAGAUAUGAUGCCUUACGAGCCUGCAUUGGAGACACAUUGUGUCAGAAGCUACAAAAUUUAAAUAUUUUCUUAGUAGGAUGUGGAGCCAUAGGCUGUGAAAUGUUAAAAAAUUUUGCUUUACUUGGUGUUGGCACAAACAAAGAAAAGGGAAUGGUUACAGUUACAGAUCCGGAUUUGAUAGAAAAAUCCAACUUGAAUAGACAGUUUCUGUUUCGUCCUCAUCACAUUCAGAAACCUAAAAGCUAUACUGCUGCUGAUGCAACUCUAAAAAUAAAUCCUCAAUUAAAGAUAGAUGCACAUUUAAACAAAGUGUGCCCGGCCACUGAGGCUAUUUACAAUGAUGAAUUUUAUACUAAACAAGAUAUAAUUAUUACUGCAUUAGAUAAUGUGGAAGCCAGGAGAUAUGUAGACAGCCGCUGCUUAGCAAAUCUAAGACCCCUCUUAGAUUCUGGAACAAUGGGCACUAAAGGACACACUGAAGUUAUUGUACCUCAUUUAACUGAAUCUUACAAUAGUCAUCGGGAUCCCCCAGAAGAGGAAAUACCAUUUUGUACACUGAAAUCCUUUCCAGCUGCUAUUGAACAUACCAUACAAUGGGCAAGAGAUAAGUUUGAAAGUUCCUUUUCCUACAAGCCUUCACUGUUUAACAAAUUUUGGCAAACCUAUUCAUCAGCAGAAGAAGUACUACAGAAAAUGCAAACUGGACACAGUUUAGAAGGUUGUUUUCAAGUUAUUAAGUUACUUAGCAGAAGACCUAGAAAUUGGUCCCAGUGUGUAGAAUUAGCAAGAUUAAAGUUUGAGAAAUACUUUAACCAUAAGGCACUUCAGCUUCUUCACUGUUUCCCUUUGAACACACGAUUAAAAGAUGGUAGUUUAUUUUGGCAGUCACCAAAGAGGCCACCCUCUCCAAUAAAAUUUGAUUUAAAUGAACCUUUGCACCUCAGUUUCCUUCAGAAUGCUGCUAAAUUAUAUGCUACAGUCUACUGCAUUUCAUUUACAGCAGAGGACUUAUCAACAGAUGCUCUCAUGAAUAUUCUUUCCGAAGUAAAGAUUCAGGAAUUUAAGCCUUCCAACAAGGUUGUUCAAACAGAUGAAACUGCAAGGAAACCUGACCAUGUUCCUAUUAGCAGUGAAGAUGAGAGAAAUGCUAUUUUUCAACUAGAAAAAGCUAUUUCAUCCAACAGAACUACCACAAGUGAUCUUCAGAUGGCGGUACUCUCAUUUGAAAAAGAUGAUGAUCGUAAUGGACACAUAGAUUUCAUUACAGCUGCAUCAAAUCUUCGUGCUAAAAUGUAUAGUAUUGAACCAGCUGAUCGUUUCAAAACUAAGCGCAUAGCUGGCAAAAUUAUACCUGCAAUAGCAACAUCCACUGCUGCAGUUUCUGGCUUGGUUGCAUUGGAGAUGAUCAAAAUAGCUGGUGGCUAUCCAUUUGAAGCUUACAGAAAUUGCUUCCUUAACUUAGCCAUUCCAAUUAUAGUUUUCACAGAGACAUCUGAAGUGAGAAAAACUGAAAUCAGAAAUGGAAUAUCAUUUACUAUUUGGGAUAGAUGGAUUAUACAUGGAAAAGAAGAUUUUACCCUUUUGGAUUUCAUAAAUGCAGUCAAAGAAAAGUAUGGAAUUGAACCUACAAUGGUGGUACAAGGAGUCAAAAUGCUUUACGUUCCUGUGAUGCCUGGACAUGCAAAAAGAUUGAAGUUAACAAUGCAUAAACUUGUGAAACCUUCUUCUGAAAAGAAAUAUGUGGAUCUUACUGUUUCAUUUGCUCCAGACACUGAUGGAGAUGAAGAUUUGCCUGGACCUCCAGUAAGAUACUACUUUAGUCACGACACUGAUUAACAGAAUUUAUCUGAAAGUUUCUCCGUGACUACUUGAUUUUAGAAAGUCUGUAUUUAAUUCAGAAACUGAAAAAAUCAAUUCAUAAUACCAUGGAUUUCUUUGAUGACGCCUUAAUUUAAGGGACGUAUGAGUAGAAAACUACUGUGAAGAGUAGUCAAACAUUUUCAUGCGUAGUAUACACUUGACUAAGUGCUUCCUAUGCAGAUAUGAUCACAGGCAACUUUGAACUGGAAUGUCAUUUUAUAAUGCUUACAACUAAUUUGUAUAUAAACUUUUCUGGGAGAAAAGAAGGAAAAAAUAUGUAUACAUACAUAACCAGAAGAAAUAAGAGAUCAAGAAAUUAUCAAAUACAACUAUCCAAAAAGUUGAAUCCUACCAUAUGAAUUUCUUUCUUGUUUAGUAUUCGUGCCCAGUUAUCUAUAUAAAUACUAUUUGGCACCCUGCCUCACUCAUGACUAGGCUUUGAAUUUAAUACCAGCAGAAAGGGGAGAGAGAGUAGCAGUGGGUGAAGAAUAGAUAGUUUGAAUUAUAGUUACAGUUUACUGUUCUGAUAUCUCUGUUAAUUUAACCAGAAUUUGUUGUAUCACUGUCUCCUCAAAAUCUAAAUCUUUGUUGACAUCAGUGUUGUAAGCCAUAAGUAGUAGGUCAGAUAGCAUAUGUUAACUCAGAGUAUAUGUUAACAGUAUUAUAUGAAUUCUGACUGCCUUCUUAGAGAACCCAUGAAUGUGAACAGAUAAAUGUGGCUAAUCAUUUGAUUAUUUUCAGUAUGCUUUCUAAUGUGGCUAGUUUAUUUAUUUGGAACUCUAAAACUGAUUGUUAUAAGACUAAAAGGUUUUAUAAAGGGAGUGUCCUCAGUAUAUGAAAAGUAGAAAUGAAAAAUCACCACUAGUUAAUUCUUGAUUUUUUUUUUCUUCCCACAACUAAAUGAACAGAAAAAAGAUAUUUUGUUCUAAAGGAAAAUAAAACAUACUGUUUUAUUCUGCUUUCCCAGAAAGGGGGUUUAUAAAAAUCAAAAUUUAUUUUUUUAGAUCUUUAUCAAUAGAAAAUUUCUGUUUUCUGAUAUGAACUACUACAGAUACAUAAAUGCUUUCAUUAAAAUGACAGUAUAUUCAACACUGUAAAUAAGAGAAGCGUUUCUCUUAUAUCUAAGACAGUCAUGCAUUCUAAAGCAGUUGGCAUUUUAUAACCCAGGAAGUCAUUUCCCUCUUCUCUCUGGUGCUGAGCACUAGUAAGCACUAAAUGCUAAGUGUACAUCAGUAUUCCUCCAAUUUGGUCUCUUUUUAUACUGUAAACUUUAUUUACAGGUAGUUUAAAUUGUUUUUUCAACCAACUGUAUUUUCGUUCUUUUGUAUAAUAUACAGUUGGGAAAAAUACAUUUAAGCUUGGAAAGGUGUAUUUGUAUGAUUAAAAGAUAAUUUGUGUAUUUGGAGGUAAAGAGAAAGGGACAAAAUAAGUUUAAAAGAAACAGCUAACUUUGACAUAAGCAAUUUUUGUUUGCCAGAUCCUAAACUCUCCCAUUAUGCAUAUCACAAGUAUAAUCCUUAAAAUUGAAUCUAGGAAUAUCACAUUCUGUCAUUUGGGACUGUAGACACUAGAAAUAAUACAGUGACCUUGCUGUAAUAAACCUUUUCCCCACUUUUACUUUGUUUUGUGUUCUAUGACAGUAAUUGCCGUUUUUCAGGCAGCCAUUCAGUGAUCCCCAUCUAUGGUCUAAUAACUUCCUUAUACGUGAUCUAAAUCUCCAUAUGUCUUUGGAAAUAAAUUUAGAACCAUGCUGUCAGUUCUUACAGAGAUCAAAGUCAACGAAAUUUAUGGGUUUUUUUUUUUUGUGAUUAAACCUAAAACCAUUUUGUCAUUGCUUUUUUCCCCCUUGUUGAUAACAGGUAUUGUCAUUAAUUUCUCUAAUUAGUUCUACUAAGCUGAAAAACCAGGGUGAGGUUAAUGACAACUAUUCUCAUUAUCUCUUGUUUUUUCUGUACCAUGAAAUCACUAUUGGUGAUUGAUUAUAUCAAAUGCAAGAACUGAUUUUGUAUGGUACCACUGAGUAAUUUUUUACUUAUUAAAAAAUAAAUUAAGAACUUUGACAAUAUCUUUUGUAAAUCCUGUUCCUUAGUUAACUCCAGAGAUCUGAUUGUUGUAUUCAUUUUGUAUGUUUACUGUGAUGUUUCCUAACUUCUAAGUUUUGCAACUAUGAAGGUAUAGUAUUCACUAUGUGUGGACAGACAUUGCUUUCAAAGUGCUUUUGGCUGCUGGAAAUUCUACUGAAACAAUUGGGAAAUGGUGGUGACCAUAUGAAAUCUAAGUCUGGUAAAUUCUAGACUUUUGGGGGGAUGUCCAAAGUCCAUUCCAUUUUAGACUUCAACGUAGUUAUGUUAAGUUUUUCUAAAUUAAGUUGCUAAAAUAUUACUUAGAAAUAGUUGAGAUUGUUUUGUAGCCUUGUCUUUAUGUUUUGCCUGUUAAUGCACUCUCUGGGGGAACUACUAACAAAGCAUAAAAAAAUGGCAGUAGUGUUUAGAGUUAGUUUUCUAAUUAGUAAAAUAAAGAGAAAAAAAUGUGAUUUCAUGGGAAAAUAUCUUGACCUAAUAAUUUUUGGGUCUUUUGACCUAAAAAUUCUCAUCAUCUUUUAAGUACUUUUAACAAAUCCAAAAAUGGAAACAGGAAAUUGACAUGUUGGUGUUUGUCAUAAGUAAUCAGUGGUUGAUUUGUUUGUUUUGUUCUUAAUAUUCCCUUUUUUUAAAACUGAGUAACAUACAUUGAAAAUAUAUAUUAAAAGAAGCAUAUAAAAUAUUUUUUUAAGAAAUUGCAGUUUGAGGAAUGAUUAUAAGGUAACCACUUUUAUAACUAGCUCUGAAGUCAAUAGAACAUUGACAGCAUCCCAGAAAUUUUCCUGUAUCUUCUUAAUUACAGCCAACUUACCCACACACAACCUCUGGCAAUUACCACUGCUCCCAUCUUUUAUGAAACCUGUGUCUUUGGGUUUAUUUAUAACAUUACACCUAAAUAUGUACCUAAACAAUAAAGUAUAUUUUUGUUAACUUUUUAAAAUCUUACAUAAAUGGAAUAAUACUGUAUUGUUUUGUCACUGCUGCUUUUAUUCAAUAUGUACUUCAUCCUUGAUGUAUAAAGAUAUACUUUAUUCAUCUUCAUUGCUGAAUAAUUUACCUUUUACAUUAAUAUACCACAUUUAUUCAUCUGAUUGCUGUGGACAAAUGGGAUGUUUUCGUUGUGGAACAGUCACAGUUAUGCAAUGAACAUUAUUGCAUGUGUCUCCCAUCACAACUAAUGUAUAGACCUAAUAUAGAAUUGCUUAGUCACACAGUACUACAUCUUCAAUCCUAACAAUAUAAGUUUUUCCUGAGUAAUAUAAAUGUUCUGUAUAUCCUCCCAACACUGAUAUAAACAGAUUUUAUUUUAAUUUUGCGACCUUGUAAAUAUGUAGUUGUAUCUCGUUCAUGUUUUAUCCUGCAUUUCCAUAAUUACUAGUGAAAUUGAUUACUUUUUCAAAAAGUCUUAUUAACCACUGAUUUUUUUAUAACACAUUCAGAUCUUUUGUCACUUUUCUAUUGUGGUAGAAAUCCUUUUUUUCAUUGAUUCAUAAAGUUCUUUUUAAGUCCUAUUCUUUGGUAGCUAGAAAAUAGCCAUUAUUUUCUCUCACUGUUACCUUGCUUUUUCCACUGUAUAUUGCUUUUCUUUUAUUUUAAACAAAAAUGUUAAUAAUUUGGUGCUGAAAAGUAUUACUAUUUUUGUUCUAAAGUAAGAAUUUUUUGUGAAUUGUUUUUCAAAAAGUAUUCUACCCCAAGGUCAUGAAGAGAACUCUCUAUUGUCUGCUGCCAGUUCAGUUGUGCCUUUCACAUGUGUGUUUUUAAUUCAUGAAGAAUUAAUUUUGUCUAUGCUGGGAAUUGCCUCACUGACAUUAAUUGAAGUCUUAGUGCCACAAGACAUACACCUAUUAUGUAUUUCUUUCUAAAUUUUUGUUCCUUCUCUAUCCCUAUGCUACGUGUAUAGUGUGUCUAUCACUGUAACUGAUAAUUGUGUUUGAUAAUUGGCAGAACAAGACCUCUCACUCUAUUAAAAUCUUGGUUAUUAUUAGACCUUUGUAUUUUCAGUUCUCAAAUUUCUAAUCACAGACAUGUAAAUUUAUCAGUCUUGCAGAUUUUACUUGUCUUGCUAACAUUGUCAUCUUUUAUCUACCUGAACAUGAAAACAUUGCAUUUAACA